AUGUUAGAAUCAACAGAUGAGGAAAUACCUAAUACUGGUGUGAAUGUAACAUUACACCCUCCUCUAAAUUCAACUGAUGACGUAACAGAUGAAGAUUCUGGUGCUGAAGAAAAUCCAAGUGUAGAUAAAUUACCAGCAAAUGACAUUGAUUUGUUAUCAAGAAGGAAACAGGACCUGGAAGCAAAGCUUGAAAAAUUAGAAAGAUAUGGAGCGGAGAUGGGGCUGACAAUUAGUCAGUCAAAGACAAAGUAUAUGUUAACAUCUUGGGAAAGGUAUAGUGAAAGAGAAAGAAGCAUGACAUUGACCGGGAAAGAAUUUGAACACUGUGAGAGCGUCAAAUAUCUUGGGAAUAAUGAUAUGAGAGAAGAAAUACGUGCAUUGAUUACAGCUGAUAACAGGAGCUACUCCGCGCUGAUUAAAGAUUUUAAAGUAAGAAGCCUUAGUAGGGAUCUGAAGCUGACAGUGUAUCGUACAGUAGUGAGACCUAUGGUGAUGUAUGGUUUGGAGACUUGA